AUGGCAGAAGCACCUGCUCAGCCCCCCGUCUUGCCUCUGCCGUUCAAGCUGUCGAGGUCAGAGAAGAGAAUCAUCCUCUCGUCCAUCAACGGCAGUCUGCUGCGGUCCCACGCCGCCCUCGAGCUGGCGAGGGCCCUGACGGCGCCCGACGGCGCCCGCGCCCCCGACCAGCGACGCGGCCGCGACGCGUACCUCGACGCCCUGGCGCACGCCAGCGAGGCCCACAGGGACGCCGUCGAGUUUCACCGCUGGCAGCAGGCGGCGCGCGCGCAGGGUGUACCGCGGCCACUGCUUCCGCGGCUCGGCGCGUGGCGGCGCGCGCACGCGUGCUACGUGCGCGGCGCCAGCGACAAGAUGGGGGAGGAAGCGGCGGCGGCGGCGGCGGCGGUUGGGACUGGCAGAUGGCCGGACGAGGGGCCCAAGACGGUGAGCUUCAGCCCUGUUGAGGAGCACCUUCUCGAUCAGGCGUCGGCGGGGGUGCCGGCCAAGAUCGCGGAUGUGACGUCCGAGGGCGAUGGUCCGCUCGCUGGUGAGUCGUGCUGGAUCCGGAACGCCGAGGGACGCAUCGUUGCCUACCGCUGGGAGAAGCCACAGCUGAGGAGGGUCGAGGGGACGGCGUACCUCAAGUGGUGGGAGGAGGCGGUCAAGCCCAUUGAACUUGACGAGAACGACAUUUGGUUUACCAAGUGA